UGUGACCUCAAGUCCAUCCCUAACAGUAGCCUUAAACUCUGGCCCCCUUCCCUCGUCUCCCACAUCUUCCCUCGGAGCUUAACAAUGGCGACAACAGCAGCCGCAGCGGCAGAGCUGGUUUUCAUGAGACCCACGAACCCCGUCGCCAAGCUCGGCAGGUCCACCCCCAAGCUUGCCGCCUUGGGGCCUCGGUGCUCCCGCUUCAGAGUCAUGGCUUCUUCACAGCCCGGCGCCGCCACCGCCACGCCGAAGAAGAAGGCCGGCAAGACCGAGAUCAAGGAGACGCUCCUGGCGCCCAGGUUCUACACCACGGACUUCGAUGAGAUGGAGCAGCUGUUCAACACGGAGAUCAACAAGAACCUGAACCAGACGGAGUUCGAGGCGCUGCUCAACGAGUUCAAGACCGACUACAACCAGACCCACUUCGUCCGUAACCCCGAGUUCAAGGAAGCCGCCGACAAGAUGCAGGGCCCUCUGAGGAAGAUCUUCGUGGAGUUCCUGGAGCGCUCCUGCACCGCCGAGUUCUCCGGCUUCUUGCUGUACAAGGAACUCGGGCGAAGGCUCAAGAAAACCAACCCUGUGGUGGCUGAGAUCUUUUCCCUCAUGUCAAGAGAUGAAGCCAGGCAUGCAGGGUUCUUGAACAAAGGCCUUUCUGACUUCAACUUGGCUUUGGAUCUGGGAUUCCUGACAAAGGCCAGGAAGUACACAUUCUUCAAGCCAAAGUUCAUCUUCUAUGCAACAUAUCUAUCUGAGAAGAUUGGGUACUGGAGGUACAUCACCAUAUACCGGCACCUGAAGGCCAAUCCUGAGUUCCAAGUCUAUCCCAUCUUCAAGUACUUCGAGAACUGGUGCCAGGACGAGAACAGGCAUGGAGACUUCUUCUCUGCUUUGCUCAAAGCUCAGCCGCAGUUCCUCAAUGACUGGAAGGCCAAACUGUGGUCACGAUUCUUCUGCCUCUCGGUCUAUGUAACCAUGUACCUAAAUGAUUGCCAGCGAACGGCUUUCUACGAAGGGAUCGGUCUCGACACCAAAGAAUUCGACAUGCAUGUCAUCAUCGAGACAAACCGCACAACAGCGAGGAUUUUCCCAGCUGUGUUGGAUGUUGAGAACCCUGAGUUCAAGAGGAAGCUGGACACAAUGGUGGAGAUCAACCAGAAGCUGAUUGCUGUAGGAGACAGCCAGGAGAUUGCUGUGGUGAAGAACUUGAAGAGGAUACCUCUCAUUGCUGCAUUGGUCUCUGAGCUUGUGGCCGCCUACCUCAUGCCGCCUGUUGAGUCUGGAUCUGUUGACUUCGCUGAUUUCGAGCCACAAAUUGUCUACUGAUUCUGUAAAAGACUAUUCCACAUUUACAUGAUGCAUCGAUCGUUUGAUCCGAUCUUUUGAAUGUACUUCUUGUAUCCGUUGAGAACACAUGAAAAUGUAUGUUUCAAUCA